AUGCCUCCUCCACCCGACUCACCUCCCCCCAUCCCUCCACCGGUCCCCGUCGAAACCCACCCCAACCGAACAAGCAGCUUAAAGCCACCGUCACACCUCCGAACCCUCCCAGAUCCCACUCGACUGGCUCCGGAAGAUGCAUAUCUGUCAUCGGCUCAUCUAAGAGGUCGAGCUGCGACGGCAAGCUACGAUGACUCGCUCCGAGCGCUGAGCAGCAACGCCGCGGGGUUGCGACCGCCGCCCGCCUUCUCCGACGCGGACCGAAAGGAGGCGCGCAAACGGAGAGGAGCGAGCCGACGGAGACGGCGAAAGGGCGCGUGGAAGAAGCUUCUCUGGGUGAAACAGUCAUAUCCGGACAACUACACCGACACCGAAACCUUCCUGGACCAUCUCCAGCGGAACCCGCGCGUGCGGCCCUAUGACUUCUGGCCUCUUGUGGCGGACUCGACGGUGAUCGUGCAGCAUGUCUGCUCGGUGGCGAUCUUUGUCUGCUGCUUUGUGGGCAUCGUCAAGGGACGGGUGAGCCCUGUCUCGGUCGUCUGCUGGGGCAGUGUAGGGACGGCGGUGGGCUGGAUUCUGUGGGACUCUUGGGUCUGGAGAGAGCACCACGCGGAAACAUCGCGGAAUGCGGAGCGCGCUACGGAGGGAGACGAUGGCUCGAGCUCCAGCUCGGUCUCCAGCUCGGUGCAUCCGUCCUCGUCUGGACCUGGCCCGCUGAGCGGACCGAGACCUAGCCCGGGUCAGGGUCAUGGCCAGGUGCACGGGCUAGGGUUGACCAUGGCUCCCAAUGAGUCCGGUGAGCUGCUUCGGCGACGAAGCACGGGGUUCGGCGGAGACACCUACGGCUUGGCUGACCCCGGCGCAUCAUUGAGUCAAGCCAACGGUGCUCCCGGCGGUGGUGGUGUGCAUCCCGGGUACCUGGCGCAGGAGAAUGAUGAGACGGCCGUGUUCUCCUCGCGCAACCGCCAACGACUCUCGACGGUCAAGUCGGCGUUUCUGAUCUACUUUUCGCUGCUGGGGCUGAGUCCGAUCCUGAAAUCCCUCACCAAGUCUACGGCUAGCGACUCGAUCUGGGCCAUGAGUUGCUGGUUGUUGAUCAUGAACAUAUUUUCAUUUGACUACGGAAGCGGCGAGGGCGCCGGCGCCACCAAGUUUCCUGCUUCAUUGUCUACCAACGCGGCCGUGAUGGCGUCGACGGUGCUCGCGUCCCGCCUGCCCUCGACGACCCAUGUCUUCAGCCUGAUGCUGUUUUCCAUCGAAGUAUUUGGACUGUUCCCCAUUUUUCGCCGACAGCUGCGUCAUUUCUCCUGGACGGGACAUGUGCUCUUGACGCUGGCGUUGGUCAUGGUGGCCGGCGGUGCGGUCGGGAUGACUUUGCGUGGAGGAUGGACCGCUGCCGUGGUCGGAUCGAUCUUGGGGAGUAUCUUGACGGCCUUCGCGAUGGGAGGAUGCAGCUGGUGGUUGAUCAGUCUUCAGAAGUACAAGAAUGUGGUGACAGGCCCCUGGGACCCAGCACGGCCGAUCAUCCGACGACAAUGGGACUAG